AUGACUAGCCUUCCUCAUCUUCAACAAUUUCUUUCUGCAUCAGCUCCAAUAGGCUCCUCCUCUUCUCCAAUUAUGAUGGCUCACAAUCCGCAUCGAAUACGAGGAGUAGGUAUUGAAUUUGAUACAGAGUUCAAUAUCGGAAGUAUGGAAGAGGAUCAUCAUCAUCACCACUCAGAAGAGGUUGACCCCUUCCAACAACCAGAAGUAGAUUCAACCUCUUGUUCAUAUGACUCUUCCUCAUGCUCUUCCUUUUCUUCCUCUUCCUUGUAUCCUUCUUCUGCUUCCAUGGCCAUGAUGCAUCAACACGGAGUCAAUGUUCAAAGCUAUCGACACUUUCAUGGUACGAGAGGAAGUCGAUUCCAUUCCUCCUUUGAUUCUGUGCUCUCGGAUCAACAACAUGACUUUUCAGAUUCUCCUUCUACUGCUGGUGGUGCGUUAUUCCUUAUGGAUGGUGACCUGGGUCAACCUGCACACGAUGAUCAACACAAUUACAGAGAGGAGUGGAUAACUACCACUUUCGAGGAAGGGACUGCAACGACCAAUUCUUCCCGUCCUUCGAAUUCAUCAUCUUCUGCACAGAAUCAGAACAGAAUCAGAGUAGCAGUACAGCCCAUCAUGAAACACCACAGUACCAAUCUUGGAGCCUCCAAGAAGAAAGUUUCCUAUUCUCUGAAUGAUUUUGAAGAAGAGAAACCAAGUGGAUUGUCUGAAUUGGAACAAUUGUUUGCAUCUCGAAAGGCUUUCAAUUCUCUCUCGAAAAAGUACUCCACUGAUAAUUUAAUCAAAGAACAACAACACAGAAAGAUGAACAAGAAUAAGACUAACAUUAGUAGUGGACAACUCAGUAGUAGCAGUUCUGCUAUCAAUGGUAGACAGGGUUUGAAUUCUCCCUUGCUGAGUACGGGAUCUGUGUCCUCUUCAUCGUUAUUGGAGCCAUCUUCUUCUCUGAUUCGAGUAUCAAGGUCAACUCCUGAGCUCUACGGUGAUACAUGCAUUGAUUCUUUUCAAGACAUUAAGAAAAUUAUACAAGCUUAUUAUGAAUAUGAAACAUUCAUGGAAACAACCGAUGGACGAGAAGAAUUGAGGCAAUAUCUAACGAAAAGACAUAACGAAGAGCUACUGCUCAUGUUGGAAACACGUAUCGCGUUCCUAAGUUUUUACGACUCUGAUUAUUAUAAUGAUAGGAGAGGUCUGUUAAAAGUGAAAGAAUUUCAAAUGAUUUAUAGCCAAUUCAUUGAUACUGACUCUCAAUUCUGUAUGAAUAUUGACUCGGCCAUUCGAAACAAAUUUGUCAAACUAAAUCCACGCGUGGCACAAGUUACUAACGAAGAUGAAGCUAUGGCUAUUGCCAAUGAUAUUGACGAUUGUUUGGAUGUUCUACACUUUUCUGUAACUCUUCAAAUGAAGACUGAAAUAUUUUCUCAAUUCAAGAAAACGGAAGAGUUCCAAACUUUCAUUCUCUCCAAAAUUAUUGAGCUACAAGGAAAGAAAACAUGGGACGAUUUGGAGAGACAAUCAAGCCCGUUACUGGGAUCUUCUCCACAAAAGCCUUCAUCGGGAGGUGGAUUCUUCUCACUAUUCAAAAAGAACAAACAGCCACAAAAUAGUAUCAUCAAACGAUUUGAAGAAAAAUCAAUUGAGGAAUUUCUUAUUGAAAAUGAGCUGUCGGAAUACUGUAGCCAAUUCAAAAAGAAGAAACUCAAUAACAUGAUUCAAAUUCAAGAUUUUACUUGCGAAGAUUAUUUAAAAGUUGGUGUUGUUAAGGGAUCUCACCAGGCACGAUUGGUGCGACUGGUUGGGCAGUAUUUCAGAAGUUAUUGUAAACUUGGGUCCUCAUUAUCGUAA